GGCAUUAAUAUGCAGAUGACAUGAAGGUUGGUGGUGUUGUAGACAGUUAGAAGUAGAUUACAACAGGACAUUGAUAGGAUGCAGAACUGGGCUGAGAAGUGACAGAUGGAGUUCAACCCAGAAAAGUGUGAAGUCAUUCACUUUGGAAGGGCAAAUUUGAAAGCAGAGUACAAAGUUAAUGGCAGGAUUCGUAGCAGGGUGGAGGAAUAGAGAUAUUUUGGGGUCCACAUAUAUAGGUCCCUCAAAGUUGCAACACGUGUUGAUGCGGUGUUUAAGAAGGUGUGCACGUCAAAGGAUUGAGUUGAAGAGCUGCAAGUUUUCACCAUAUGUUAAUGUGAAGAGUGAACAGUAAAUGGUUAAUCUUACUGCGAUCUGGUUCUUAUUAACUGUGGUUUAUCUCGACAUUAAAUUCGGCGUUUCGUGACACGCGAAGGAGAACGUUAUAGUGAAAAAGCGGCAUUAUCAGGUGUUUCAAGUGCUGCAAUGUCAGCUCAAUCCAGCAUCAAGUCGACGCCGCCCAGCGACAAGGGCAGUAAACCGACAUCAAGUAAGCCCACCCAGGCAUUAUCAGGUGUUCCAAGUGCUGCAAUGUCAGCUCGAUCCGGGAUCAAGUCGAUGGCGCCCAGCGACAAGGGCAGUAAACCAACAUCAAGUAAGUCCACCCAGGCAAGAGCCAAGGCAGAAGCCGCCAAGGUGCGACUGCGUUACGCCAGACAAAAAGCAGUUUUGAAAAUGAAACUGGCCAUCAGAGAAGCCGAAAUCCAGAAAGAACUGGCCAUCAGAGAAGCCGAAAUCCAGAAAGAAAAGGCUGCCAGAGAAGCCGAAAUCCAGAAAGAAGCCGAAAAGGCUGCCAGAGAAGCCGAAAGGGCUGCCAAAGAAGCCGAAAGGGCCGCCAGAAAGGCAGAAGCCGCCAAGGUGCGACUGCGUUACGCCAGACAAGAAGCAGUUUUGAAAAUGAAACUGGCCACCAGAGAAGCCGAAAUCCAGAAAGAAAGGGCCUCCAGACAAAGAGAAGAGGCUGCCAGAGAAGCCGAAAUCCAGAAAGAAAGGGCCUCCAGACAAAGAGAAGAGGCUGCCAGAGAAACCGAAAUCCAGAAAGAAAGGGCCGCCAGACAAAGAGAAGAGGCUGCCAGAGAAGCCGAAAUCCAGAAAGAAAGGGCCGCCAGAGAAGCCGAAAAGGCUGCCAGACAAAGAGAAGAAGCUGCCAUGGCGGAAGCAGAGUACAUAGAAGAAGCUGAAGGGUCGCGUGAUCUGACCGAAGCAAGAUCUACUUUAGAAAGGACCAGACUGGAACGCACAAGCGACUAUGUACAAUCUCAAAUAGACAGGCAGGCUCGUCUCCCCUCUCCAUACGUAUUCGAUAACUUCCCCAGCUACGAGGAACCUCAGAGAGUCACGAUUGCAUCACAUCCAUACGAGGAAGGAAAUUUACCCUCACGGCUCCGUGAUGAAGUCAAGAAUGAAAGAACCGACAACGCUCCUUCACCCCCACAACAGGACGGCGGGGAGGGAGAGUUUCACUCCAGGACAACAAUUGUCAGCUCGAACUGUACAGAAGUUUGCGGUCAAACUCAGUCAAGCCGUUCUUGUUCCAAGAUCUGUCUCACUGAGGUGUACCCUAAAGAAGCACAACAAGACAUUACCAAGCGUAAAGUAACCGACGAGACGCUAGGUCAGUCAGUCUUCGUUGAAACCGAGCACGGAAACAAACUUGCACAAUCAGCUCAAGAUACCAUUUCUUUAAAACCCAAAGACACCAAGGUCUUCAGAGAUGAAGCAAAUAAUGGGGUUGCCCCAUUGCCUUUCAGAGAACCACGCCAGCGCUCACCAGAUAACAAAGAGCAGGCAGUCAAACGGUUCACGUCCUUAUGGAAAACCCAGAAAAGGAAACCUGAGAUGCAGCAACGCACCCAAUUGGCCCACGAGGUAUUGUGCACCCUAAUGGCAGAGGUCACAGCCAUUAUAAACGCACAAUCAUUCCUACCUGUGUCUUCUGACCCAGAAAACCCCUUUAUACUUUUGCCAUCAACGCUCCUUACGCAGAAGGCAGGAGCACCUCCUCCACCAGGAGACUUCUCAGACAAGGAUUUGUACACAAAGCAAUGGAGACAAGUCCAGGCUCUGGCAAAUCAGUUCUGGCCUCGCUGGAGACAAAAAUAUCUACCUUUGUUGCAACAGAGAGAAAAGUGGACAGAACCCCGAAGGAAUCUUCAAGUUGAAGACUUAGUCCUGCUCAGGGACAAGCAAAUCGCCCGCAACAGCUGGCCAAUGGCCAGAAUCACUGCUACAUUCCCUAGCGGGGAUGGACAUGUCAGGAAGAUCGAAUUGAAGACUACCGACCAAGGCGAUGUGAAAAUUUACCAAAGGCCAGUUACAGAAGUUAUUCUACUUCUACCCAAUGACUGAUUAAGAGACUAAGUUUUGUACUCUGCUCAUUGUGACCUUACGAAGGUCAAGCGGGGAGUGUGCUGUCUUUACGACAGUUAUUUAGUUUAUAAUAUUUUCGCUUAGUAAUUCAUUCAAUAGUAUUUUCUAGUUAGAAUUAGAAGUGUUUAAAGUAUAUUCAUUGCAUGUAAAAUAUAUCGGCAGGCGAUGACGUCACAUCCGGUUUCACCGCGUCUUGUGGGAAAAUACCGGUUUGAAAUUAGCGCGAGGGUGGGGGCUUACCACGAGGCUCACCUGAGCAGAAGUUGUUUUGCAGGCAUGAGAAAUCACAGUGAGAGCAACGCUGUAAGUUAAUAGAUAAUCGAUAUAUUGAACUAAGAUGUUAAUGCCGAUCCUGUUAGAAGUAACGACGGUAGAUAAUGUUUAUGCUUUCGUUAGUUAAAGAGUCGCGGAUAGUUUGCAUGGAAGUGUAUUUAAAGUAGUCAAUGGAGCAGGUAAACUCUCCCUGUAUACUGCACCUUAGUGUAAUGUAGUUAUAGUCACCUUUGCAAGUAUUUACACUUGAAAUGUGAUAUUAAGGAAGGAACAAAUACUGUAUCAAUCUUGUAUUGUUUUAUCAACAGUUUUCACCAUAUGUUAAUGUGAAGAGUGAACAGUAAAUGGUUAAUCUUACUGCGAUCUGGUUCUUAUUAACUGUGGUUUAUCUCGACGUUAAAUUCGGCGUUUCGUGACACGCGAAGGAGAAC